AGGACGUGUUACAUCACUCUUCCCGUGCACGCAGACAGUCACGCACACCAGCUGUCGACCGGCGAACUCGAGCAGUUCACCUCAGCGUGUUGCAGAAAACUUCAUAAAUAGCCAAGAUGACUGCCAUGGAAUACGAAGACAAUGAAUCCAAGUUUAUCAGAAAAGCCAAAGAGAAUCCAUUUGUCCCUGCAGGGUUGGCUGGGUUCUUUGGCAUUGUGGCGUACAGACUGUUCAAACUGAAGAGCAGAGGAGAUACGAAGAUGUCAGUCCACCUGAUUCACAUGCGUGUGGCUGCGCAGGGCUUUGUGGUGGGAGCCAUGACUUUAGGAGUGAUCUAUUCUAUGUACAGAGAGUACAUUCUCAAACCCGCGGAAGCACAGAAAGCGUUAGAGCAGAAGGUAUUGGAAAAAAAGUGAAGAGAAAUGUGUUAGAUUCCCGCGAUAUCCUUAAUACCAACUUUUACGGUGUCCUUUUGUAUUUAUUGCUAACAUGAGAACUU